AAAAUUUUCCUCUGGCCCAAUUUCAAUCACACUUGGCACAAUCAUCCGGAUUCAAGUUUAUUCAAAUCAAGGGCCAUGCUCCCUCUGAAGGGGAGAUAAUCAAGAAAAGGCAAAAUAGGGUAGGGUCAUUUAAAAAUCUUGUCAAGAACCACUGGACCAGAAAAUUUGUUUAUUUUUUUUCAAAUAAUAUUAUUAUUGGGAAAAAUGCAAGCUAAAUUGGAUAAAAAUUGGCAAUUUUUAGGAGGGGAAAGGGCCGAAAUUCGGACCCAAAAUGGGCCUUAAGAAAUCACUGUAAGGGAUUGAAGUUUUACAUUUGGAUUUAUAAAAAAUGUUUUUAAAAAAUCUUCUCUGACUCUCAAGAAUAACAGGGCCAUGAUUAGUCAUAUAAGCAUCCCCAGGUAGUGUAUAUUCAAGUUUGUUCUAAUUGUGGCUCUUGGAAGUAAGAUGGGGCCACAAAAGGGGAUGAGAGUUUUACAUGGGAAUAUAUAGGCAAACAAUCUUCUCAAGUACAACAGGGCUAUGAUUAGUCAUAUUUUAAAUAUGCAAGCAUCCGUAGGUAGUGCAGAUGCAAUUUUUUUCAAAUUGUGGCCCCUGGAAGAAGGGUAGGGUCACAAAAGGGGAUCAAAGUUUUACAUUGGAAUGUAUAGAGAAACAUCUUUUUAAAAUCUUCAUCUCAAUAACAGCAGGGCCAUGAUUAGUCAAAUUAAUAUCCAAGAUCCCCAGGUAGUGCAGAUUCAAAUUUAUUCGAAACAUGACCUCUGUGGGUAUGUUGGGGCAAAAGUUGGGGAUCAAACUUUUACAUAAGAUAUUAAUAAUCUUAAAUUCGUAUGUAAAAGUUUGAUCCCCAUGUAAGGUAAAGCUUUAAAAAUUUGUACAUAGAUUUCUUGUGGCAAGAUGUUUCAUUUCAUACUAUGAUCUUUGACUUUUUGACCUUGACCUUUAGAAAAACAAGAUCAUGUUACAUAUUGGUGUUGAGGCAUCCCCAUGUUUUGUGAAUUCAAGUUCAUUAUAUUGUGACACUUUGGACUAGACUGGGGCCAGAAUAUUAGGUCAGAAUUUUUAAUGGGAAUAAAGAUCGAAAAAUAAAUCUAAUAAGAAUCACAACAGCAGGGCCAUGGUGACUCAGAUGAAGCCACUGGUAGCAAAUAUUGUACAGUCAAAGUCCAUGAUUAAGCUGUUGCAAUCAAGGAGAAGAAUAUUACACAAAAUGUUUUUACAUGACAAACCAAAGUAUCUCUCCAAAAUGUUCCAGAAAUUUACAGACCUUCCAAAACAAGGGGAUAUUACUUCCAUCAGUCACAGACUGUUUCUAGCCAACGGAAUCUACUUCCCAAGCUCACAAGGAAUUUUUACUCUUAUGCCACAAGGAUUGCGAGCUCUACAAAAAUUAAUCAAAAUUGUAGACAAAGAAAUGGAAGCUAUUGGUGCUGAGAAAAUUCAGAUGCCAUCUUUGGUGCCAAAACGUAUUUGGGAAACCACAGGGAGAUGGGAUGCCAUGGGACCAGAGCUGUUUCGACUAAAGGACAGACACAAGCGUGAUUACUGCCUAGGCCCUACGCAUGAAGAAAUAGUCACCGAACUGGUUGCCAGUCAGCUGAAUUUCCACCACAGAGUCCCCAUCAAGCUUUAUCAGAUAACAAAGAAAUUCAGAGAUGAGCCAGUGCCUCAUCAUGGGUUUUUACGAAGUAGAGAGUUUGAGAUGAAAGAUCUGUACACCUUCCAUUCUUCGGAGGAAGAUGCCAGGGUUACUUAUGAAGAGGUGACGCAGGCGUAUGAGAAAAUUCUGAAUAGACUACAGCUACAGUUUGUUAAAGCUGAAGCAGCAACAGGUUUGAUUGGAGGUUCACAGUCUCAUGAAUUUCACCUGAAAUGUCCAGGUAUUGGGGAAGAUGUGGUGUACACCUGUAACAGUUGUGGAUACUGUGGCAAUAAAGAAGUUUUGGAAAAAGCAGAUGAAUGUCCAUCUUGCAAAUCUACAAGACUAGAAUCAUUUAAUGCUAUUGAGGUAGGCCAUGCAUUCCUUUUGGGGGAAAAAUACUCGAAACCUUUAGAAGCCAUGUAUAGAACAAAAGAUCAGAAAUUAAAGGUGCUGCAGAUGGGAUGCUAUGGAUUAGGAGUGUCUAGAAUUUUACAGGCGUCUGUGGAGGUACAGAGUGAUGGAAAACACAUCAGAUGGCCGAGACUGAUUGCACCAUAUCAAAUCGUAAUCAUACCACAGAAGAAAGGAGCUUCUGAUGAGAAAGUCCGGGAAUUAACUGAUGCCUUGUAUCAUCGACUGCAGUGCGUACCAUCAUUAGAAGACAAUGUGUUAAUUGAUGACCGGUUGUCUAUAACUAUUGGUAGGAGACUUGUGGAUGCCAAUUGUCAAGGGUUUCCUUAUGCUGUUGUCAUUGGGAACCAGGCUGUUGAAAGAGAAGAUGGAUUUGAAGUGAUAGAUAUUUACUCCAACAAGCCUCUAACAAAUUUAACAAUGACACAAGUAGCUGAUUAUCUAGGUCAAAAUAUAAAAUCCAUUUGAAAUCAUACAAA